UCGACCUGUGAUCAAGUCUCUCUGGUCCUUCUCCCCCCAUCGCUUCAUGCAGAAGGAUUUUCAGAAUUUCAAAGCCAUUGCCAAAUUUUCUGUCAUUUUACAAGUAUCUACUAGUAGCAAGAAUUUAAAUUUUUCGAAAGUAAAAGAACAUGGAUCACAACUUCAAUAAAAGAUUCAUCCAGCCAACACCAUCAAAUAGAGUUAUUGAAACAAGUCCACUUUCUGAUCAAACAUUUCAAGAAAUGUUGCAAGCGUUUGGACCAAUUCUACCCCCUGCUCAAGCAUUUCGCCAACUGGUGUCCAUUCGAGCUUCCGAAAUAAGUCCACUAUCUAAUUAUUCAUCAUCUUCAAAUACGCCGUCGGAUGAAUUCUCUGACACAAGUUCAUUCUCUGAUCAAGAUCAACCAUUCCUACGAAUGCUGUCCAUCGGAGUCUUCGGAACAAGUGAAUUUGAUCUCUCAGUUCCAUCUACUUUGGAGAGUUCUUGGCCUACGACCAAUGUCGAACUUCUUCAAACUUUAGACCUAAAGGCUGGAAUGGAAUUUGAGGACUUUGGCAUUGACUCAUUCGACAAUUUCUCGAUUACGAUGGACGAUUUAACGCUGGACGGAGGAAUCAAGAAGCAAAUGAUGAAGGAAGGGACUGGGACUGACCUCAUUCCCCCCGAGGGCUAUAUUUGGCUGCACUACAUCAGCUUCGCGGAAGGAAACGACGAACCGAUCGACGCUACAGGAAACAUAGACGUCUUGAAAUGCCACAAAUUAGGCGAUGGCGAACUCCUCCUUGGAGUAGAAAUCGCUGUGAAGACGAUGAGAGUGGGUGAAAUAUCUUCAUUUCUGUUCGAGCCUGAAUAUGCCUAUGGAGAAAUAGGAAGUCCACCUAGCAUUCCGCCAAACGCUAGAAUUCUGAUGGCGAUUGAAAUGGUUAAAGCCUCCAUUGAGCCCUUGAAUAUGCUAGUUUUCCACAAUCUACAACUGGUCGUGGAGCAGAGCUAUGAAGAAAUAUACAAAUCUGUUGUCGAGUUGGAAGAACUUGGGAAUUUGAAAGUCAAAUUGGACAUGUAUCCUGAAGCUAUUGAAAUAUAUGAGAAAGGGUUGGAACUUUUGGAAGAGGCGACUGUAUUCGAAAAGGCCCAGGACGACGCGCGCCAUGAACUGAUGUACAAGCUGCUCUCGAACACUGCUCUCUGUCACCUUCGCAUUGACCAACCUGCUCAAGCCGCUGUCGCCUGCAAAGCAGCCUUGAUGCCAAACAUGCCGUCGCCACAAAAUGGAAAAGUGUACAUUGAAUAUGCAGAAGCAAAUUAUCAAUUGAAGAAAUACGAAGAAGCUUUAAAAUACAUCAAACUUGCUCUUCAAUUUGACUCCAAUAAUUUCGCCCUCUUCACCUUCUACCAACAGGUGAAAGAACACAUCCGUGAAGACCAGAAUGAAUUGGACAAGUUAUACUGGGUGUAUCCGACUUUUCAGUAGUUCUACAACGUUUGAUAGUUGUAAUAGUUUUUAUUUUAUUUGAUAGCCAGCCGGUCUGAAUCUAAUAGUUUAUGUGUAUUUGUCGUGAUAUUUAUGUGAUUUGUUAAUUUUUAAAUGAGUAUAUAUCUUGAA